UUAAUAGUGCUAAGUGCAAGUGGUGCAAGUAAUAUACUAAUUAUCGGUAAUGCAAGUAAUGGUCCAAAGUUUAAAACUUUACGUAAUACGGUUCAUUUAGCGCUUCAAAUGCUUCAAAAUACUUUCCUUCCUUCUUUUUAUUUGAGAGAAGAAAAAGGACAGCAAGUGUUUUGAAGCAUUUAAAUGUUAACUGUUAACUGGACUAUAAGCCUUGGAAUGUCUUGAUUUUAUCAUACUUUGAUACUUGGUGCAGAAUUGUCAUCUGUCUUGAGUUUAACAAAAGAGAGAGAAAACAGUGCUAACUUUUUUACAAUUAUGGCUCUGAAAUUAUAUUAUGACUUGCUCUCGCAACCUUCGAGGGCAAUGUACAUAUUCCUCAAAGUAUGUAACAUACCAUUUGAAAAACACAUUAUAAACUUGGGAAAGCUUGAACACUUUUCUCCAGAAUAUGAACAAGUCAAUCCAUUUAAGAAAGUUCCCGCUAUAGAGCAUAGUGGCUUCAAGCUUACUGAAAGUAUAGGGAUCAUGCGAUACUUAUGCAGAGAAUUCAAGGUGGAUGAUCACUGGUAUCCACAUGAUUCAAAGCAGCAAGCUAAAGUUGACGAGUAUCUCGAGUGGCAACAUCUGAAUACAAGACUUUACGGCUCAACGUAUUUCCUUGUGAAGUUUCUUAACCCGCUUAUGCUGAACAGACCAGCUAAACCGGAAAAAGUAGCUGAAAGCGAAAGUCGCCUGAGCGACUGUCUCGAUCUCAUCGAGAAAAUAUGGCUGAAAGAUCAACCGUAUUUAACAGGAAACGUGAUCAGCGUAGCCGAUAUAUUCGGUGCUUGCGAAUUGGAACAACCUUAUAUGGCCGGAUAUGAUCCAAAAAAAGGGAGACCACGUCUGGCUGCUUGGAUGGAAAGAGUCGCUAAGGAAACAAGUCCUCAUUAUCAGGAAGCUCACAAGUUCGUACAACAAAUAGUUAAAAAUGUUCCGCAAACAAAUCAUUCUUUUAAACUGUAAGCCUUUUUUUAUAAAUAACCAUAUUUACGCGUUUAAAGCGAUGUUUGUCACAAUAUAUCAGUGAUAAGAUUUUUUAUGAUGAUACCUUUGUGCAAUUUUUAAAUAUAUAUUUAGAUUACAUAUACACCUUAAA